AUGAACAAUCCGAAACCCAAGACGGUGGAAGCCAAGAUCCUCAAAACCAACCUGUUCUCUGAGGAUCAAGAUGAGAACUACAUUUUCGAAAAUGAGAACUUAUCAGCUGAACCAACAGUCGAUCGGCUGGACCUCCGUGAAUUCUCUGUCGAAAAUCAAGAACAAGAAGUCAUUUGGGACUCCGGGGCCUCAGACAACGUGACUGGAGACAGGCAUAUCGAGAAGCCAAUCCCAGUAAGAGUGGCGACUGACUCAGCUAGUGAUUUCAUCACAGGUUUGGGUACCUUGAAAUUUGCCGGGCCGAGGAAAACAACUGUAAGGAUCCGAUUUGAUCCUUCACCGUCGGACGAGUAA